CAUGAAACCGCCACUUGUACAAUGUUGUUUAAAAUAAACAGAAUUGAACGAGGAAGUAAAAAUAAUUGGGAAUUUACAGGUGUCUGAGGCAAAAAGAAAGUAAACAUGGAUUUUGAGCUGGUUAUUUGAUGCAGAACUAACUGACAUGAGGAUAAUAUGGGAAACAUUACAUCAACAAAUAACACCAAAAACAGCACCACCUCUAACCAACACAAUAAACCUAUGGAGGAGAACGAACAGUGCAUUAACAGUGACGUCAUAAUUUCAAAUUCUACCUCCGAAAAUGAAGAGCAAACAAAGGUCGAUGCUGCAAGACUACCUGUUGUCGAUAAUAACAAUUUGAAUAAAGACGAUUUGGAAUCAGAAGGUCAGAGUGAAAAACGAACCUCACAAAGAAACGAAGACGAAGUUUUUAAAACUUGCAGUUUAGAAGAAGAACAACAAAACUGCCAUGAUGAAACACUAGUAUUGCUAACCGGAGAAAUCAUUGAAACAUCAGUUACAGAAGUACAAGCAUAUGAUCAACCAACAGACCAAAGAACUAUUUUGCGAGAAGAGAAAAAAACAAGUAAUUUUGGAGAGGACCAAAAUGAACAAGAGUUAGAACAGAUAAAACAAACUACCCAAAAUGAAAACCGGAAAGUUACUGAUAACGAAAGCCCAAUAAGUUACCAAAAUAAACAAUUGUCCCUGGACGUUUAUCGACAAUGCCCGAUAUGCUUUGAGAGCGCCUACAAAUGUCCGAAAUUGCUCCCAUGUGGACAUACAUUUUGUCUUCCGUGUUUGAAAGAUCACGUCAGAAACAAAAUUUCCGAUGAGUCCGUCAUUUGUCCAAUGUGUCGCUCGAAUAUACACAUUCCUGGCGAUGGAGUAAAAGGAUUUCAGGAAAAUUAUUUCGUGAGGGCUGAAAAUGUAUUAACCUGUGAUGUGUGUCGCGAAAACGCGAGUGAAUGGCUCUGUGGUGAGUGCGAUAAACGUAUGUGUGUAAUUUGCCGAAAGAGUCACAAGUGUAAAAAAUCUGCUUCAAAAGGACCAAGAAAUUUGUUUUCGUUGAGCACGUUUAGUGAUAGUAGUGAUACUGAUUCUGAUUCAUCUUCGCAUUCUGUAAGGUCAGAUGCGUCUUUACCUUGGUCUUUCACACGACCGAAUGCACCAUGGACAAAAAUUCUUCUUACCGAGCAUGCGCAUUUUAAAUUAGAGGAAGAUACUUGUUGCAAUGGUAUUCUCCCCGUUUCAACAACCGAAGCUUGGUUAUUCAAAACAAAUGAGGAAUUGGAAACCUGUUCUUUUGGAUUAUAUAAUAUCAACGGAGACAUGUUAAGAAAUGUUGAUAUACAGCCAUCAGCGUUAGGAUUUGCUGUUGAGCAAACACAUACAAUCCUGGUUUCAUUUGCCCAAGAAACUGUCGUUCGUCGUUUCGCAGGAAGCGAACCAAAUAUUAUAAUUCCCCCAAGUAUAUUUCAUCCUAUAGGUAUCGCAAUUUUUCCGGAUGAUUCAGUUGUUAUAGCAGGUUUUGAAAAGGAUAAUGUCGCAGAUGUUGUACUUGGUUGUGUAAAAUGUUUUAUGCCAGCCGGGGAGGAACUGUGGAACUUCAAUACGGGGUAUGACAUCGUACCAAUGCGAGUUUGCGUACUGGGGAAUGAUCUAAUCUGCCUAUGUUUUUCGGAAAAUCAUUUUGUUGAUGUUCGCUUGAAAGAUGGUAACGUAGUCGGAAAAUAUUAUGGCAACGAUUCCGAUGACGACGAAUCAUUUACGCCUGUUGAUUUAUGUAUUGGAUCUUAUAGUAACAGACAAGUUGUCUUGGUAACAGAUAGUUAUUCAGACACCAUUCACAUGAUUUCAUACGCAGCGGAAUUCGUUGGACUUCUUCUUAGAUCCCCAGUAUCAGGGUCGUCAGGUUUAGGGGAACCAGGGGCUAUAGGGUCUGAUUCAGAUGGGAAGCUUUGGGUUGGGCAGAGGGAAAGUAAUGAAAUUUCUAUAUAUAAUGUUUGUAAAUAUUCAAAUGUAAUGCAGUAAUAAGAAUAGUAGAAGUUAACAUAAUUAAAAUAAUUAAACACGCAUGUCGCUCAGUGUCGUUAAUUUAAAAAAAAUGUUGUUUUUUGGAGGGGGUAAUAGAUAAUGUACAUGAUUAAAAAUAAGACAUACUAUUGAAAAAGGUUUUGACAAUGCACAACAUUUUGAAAGUAAAGAAAAAGAGAUAUAGAAGUAUUAUUGAAUGGUCUUUUGAAUAAAUUAAACAUAAGAUCCCCCCGGGUUUUGGUGGGGUUUGUGUUGCUCAGUCUUUGGUUUUCUAUGUUUGUGUUUUGUAAUAUAAACUGGUGUUUGAAUUUU